AUUGACGUUGUGUGAAAUUCGAAAUCAGGAACAUCUGACACCCCGAGUAACUGAAAAGUGAGUCUGUUAGUCAUUGCGGCAUUCACCUGCAGCUUAUUGAUCCUCUGUCAGGCCGUUCUUCUUCUUCUUCUUCUUUGCCACAAGCUGUUAAUAUAAAUUCUGGAGUGUCUUACGAUUCGUCGUCCGUCCCGUCCGUCGCAACGAUUUAUGAAAAUUGAAGUCUUUGUUUUAUUGUCCUGGGGAAAAUGGCAAACGGCCGUCGAAUGCCAUCGAAACUGGCUCCGCCUUUGACUUCCCUCCUCAUUGUUGCCACUUGCUUCAAUAUUUUAUGCAAAACAUCUCGAGCCCUUGCUUCCGUUCCUCCAUUCAGUGCCCAAUCACCGCACUCCGCACUUCGCUCUCUGCUCUUCACCUGUCUCCAGCACUUGAUUUAGCAUCAGGCUCCUGAGCUCUCGGUGCUUAGUGCUUCAGUGUUCGGUGCUUAGUGCUCAACUCUUGCUUCUGCUCCUCCCUCUCCCUCUCCCUUUCCCUAUCCUUCUUGCUUCUCCGUCUCCGUGUUCAGUUCAAUUCGUACUUCGACCUACUUUGAUUCCGCUUGCCGUGUUUUCACUUCAUAUUUGUGCGUUCCUCCACCUGGCUCCCUAAUGUGGCUAAUACCGAAUAUCGGCUCUGCUUUUUCUGUUCUAUAUAUUUUCCUUAUUUUUUUUGUUGUUUUUUUUUUUGGGUCUUUUACACUGACAAAUCGCAGUAGGUCGAUUGUGCCAAUUUGGCAAUAUUAGCAGCAUUAUUUAUUCUAUUGUUUUUAUUGGAUUUUUGUGUUAAUUUCUUUGAUUCAAUUCGCUUCGAUUGUGCUGCAUAUUUCGUUGCACGUUUUUCGCUCAGUGUUUUUUUUUUCGGGGGUCUUGCGUGUCGUUUUUAUAACCUUUCUCCUCACGUUGCCAUAUCUCGAUAGUCUCGACUGUGCCGCUUGGCACACAAUUGCCAUAAUUCAAUUUUAGUUUUAAUUUCCGCUUUUCGGCGUAAAUUGCAUUUGCAUUCACACACUGCCUGAGUGUGUGGUGGUGUGUGUGUUGGUAUUGUUGUGUGUGUGUCAGCUUUAAUCGCUUUCGACACUAUCGAAUACAUGUUGUAUAUAUCUAUAUAUGAGUGUGUGUGUCUCUCUAUAGCCAAAUAUAUCGCGAGUGUAAAUCGAAAAACGCGCAAAUUGCAAUCACAAAUGGCUCUGAAGAUGAUGAAGUGGCUGGCAGCAGACGCCUGGCUAGGAUUGGCAUUGGCAUUGGCAAUGGGCUUCUCCUCGUUGCCUCUGGCCGAGGGCGGCUCCUGUCGUGAAGCGCAGCUCUGCUGCAAUGGCCGCGAUUCGUCCUGCGUGGUGCAGAAGGCUCCCAUCAAUGCCAUCAUCGAGGACCUCAGCGAUAAGCCGUGCUAUUGCGAUCACGCCUGCCUCAAGCUCGGCGACUGCUGCGACGACUUCAAGGAUCAUUGUGGGGUGCUGGACUGCCAAGUGGGCGAAUGGGGAGCUUGGGGCGAGUGCGACAAGAGCUGCGGCAGCGGGAUGAUGCAGCGCACGCGCCAAAUCCUUCAGGCGGCCCAAAACGGGGGCAAACAUUGCCCCACGCUCCUCCAGAAGCGCGCCUGCCAGGGAUAUCGCUGUCACGGCCAUCGCGAUAAGAAGAUUUUGCGUGAAAUGGCUUUGCUCCUCCCGGCUUCCCUCUCGCACAGCCACAGCCACAACACGAACGAGAGCAGCGAGCUGAGACGCAACUUGCGCACGCGCUAUCGCGAUUCCUACAAGCACAAUCGGGAUCAUGAAUACUGCGUCGAGUUCGAGGUGAUAAAGGCAUCCAAAGCGUGCCACAAGCUGCCGCCCUACAAUCUGAUGCUGGAAGGCGAUCGCAUCACAGUGCGCUGUGACCUCGAGGCUCUCAUUCAGGACAAGGAGCAGCAGGGAAGCAGCAGCAGCGGAGGGAGAGGCGCCUCCACAAUGACAACAACAAGCACGACGACGACGACGACGACAAGUACACACAAGUCACAUGGCUAUCUGAUGGAGGAUGGCGGCGAUGAGAGCAAGGACAUCAGCAGCAGCAGCAGCAGCGGAGGCAACAAUAAUGACAACGAGGACAAUGAGGAGGAACAGCAGCAAUUGGAGGAAGACGACAGCGAGGAGGAGGAUGCACAGAACAUGCUCGAAACGGAAGCGGAAAUGGGAUUAGGAAUGGGAAUGGGAAUGGGAACUGGAGCGGAUGCGGAUGCGGAAACGGAAACGGGAGGCGACAGCGAGAGCAGCAGCAACGAGCAGCAAUUGAAGCGCCAACGGCAAUCGCAUCGUUCACGCAGCGCGACGUCGACAGCGUCGAAGCGGAGCAGCAACAGCAACAUCAACAGCAAGAGUGCCACAGUGCCUGCCAUGCCACAGUCGUUGCAGUUGCAGUUGCAGCAACAGUUGCCACUCAGCUACCAUUGCCGUGGCGAGGGGCUGUCGGGACGCACGACGCGCUGGAGCGCUCUGGCGGCGCCUUCGUGUCGCGGCAAAUGGCUGCGUUUGACCAUCGGUCCGCCCAAGAAGUGCAACCACGCGCAGUUCAUAUUCAUCUAAGCGAGUGAAUGAAUACGAAUGUAUGAGUGUAUGAGUGUAGGGUAUACGCCUAGUCUAUGUAGCGAAGAAGAGUUCACAGAGAAAAGAAGAGAGAAGUGGAGUUCGAGCUGGAGUUCGAGUUCGAGUUGAAGU